GUACUGCUACCUGGGAAGACGACAAUCUCGAGUCUCGACGGGAGGCCAAUGACAGAGAGCACCGUCGCAACUCAUAAGUCACAGCUAAUCUUUACCCUCACGAGAGCGAGGUCCCAAUCGAAGGCGGCAUUUGAUUCUUCAACUUCCACAAGUUGUCGCUAUGGCUGGAGCGGAUCCAAAAUAGUGAUUUGAAUCUUCAACCAUUUGGUUAAAUUUCGCGCAAAACCACAAUCAACUACUAACGAUAAUGUUUGGAAUGUCUUAUGGCGAAAUCUUUCUUUUGCUUGGAGCCACCGCUGCACUAAUCGGACCCAAGGAUCUACCAGUAAUAGCAAGAACAGCUGGGAGAUUAGCCGGUCGAGCUAUUGGCUAUGUCCAGUUAGCUCGUGGCCAAUUCGAGAGUGUUAUGCAGCAAUCUCAAGCUCGCCAGGUUCACAAGGAACUUCAGGACACAAUGGCUCAACUUGAAGCCAUACGUCAUGAGAUUCGAAGCAUAUCUAUCUUGAGUCCUGGUCCAUUAACUCGGAGGCUUGUUGACAAUGUUGAUAAUACAUCUGGUUCUAAUGCCAAUGGCAUUUGUGAAAAUCAAGAUGUAGAGAACACUCUGAAAGUUACCAUUUCCCAGCCAAGCAGUGAGCAGAGAAUUGGAGGGAGUAUAGCAACAUCUGCCUUUUCCAAGGCCUCGGAUUCAUGUUCUAUGCACAGCCAAGCAACCGUUUAUGCAAGAUUGGCUGAAGCUGCUGCCCAGAAGACUAGCUUGUUGGACAGUGGUGCAGAUGCAGAAAAGUUGAUUGAUGAUGCUGGGCUUCCAAAUGUUCUACCUGUAUCUGCUGAAAGUGCUGGGAUGUUACCAAAACGCUCAGAUGAUGUAAAAGGAUCUGACAUUGUGUUGGAAGCUGUAUUGGAGGCUGAGGUGGCUCACAAUGCCAAAGAAUUUUUUGCACAGCCCCAAAACCAAAUAAAAUAUGAAUGAGUUAAUAUUCUGUUCUAAGUAAGAUUUUUGCUAUUUCUGAUGGAACUGCAGAAAGUGCUAUCAAGGGAGUUUUGGCAGUGGAAGGAAAACUAACAACCUCCUUUUAAUAUUAGUUGUAAAUAAAAUUACUCUUAAAUCAUUGUUAAUUCUGGCUGAUCACCAGAUUUACCAUAGCUAUGUUGAUGCUUUUAUUUAUUUUACGGGGCUAAGGUUUCAAUUGUCAUCAAGAAGUCCAAUUGCCUAACGGGAAAAGAAAAGAAAAGAAAUAUAUAAGCCUGUGGUUGUUUAAUUUUGAGUGAUUCCCAGAGACUUGGAACUCUGCAAAACGUGAGUCUCGGACUAUUAUUUUCUUGCUUUAAGCCUCGAGCAAUGAAUUUGAGGAACGGUUGUUUUAUUGUCCCUAA